AAAAUGUUUUUGUUUUGUAUGUGGCUAUGGCCAAGUUUUGUGAUCGAACAAAAAGGAAAAGCAGAGAUCCAAAGAUCAUUUACAUACGUAAGCGAAUGUGGACUGUAAUAACCAAGUCUGAGACCACUAUGCUGGUUUUGGACUCUUAUGUUAUAUUCUCCGCCAAGUCAAUAUUGUGUUUCAUUCUCCUCUGCUCUGCCAAAGAAAUUCUCAACCCCAAAGCACUCUGUUUUCUUCAAAACGUAGCGUUUUACGUCUAUAUUUCUUAAAACUCUGCGUUUUACGUCUGUUUCUUAAAACGCUGCGUUUUAUUAUUUGGUGUAAAUAAAUUGAAAGAGAGUUUGCAGAAUCCCAAAAGUUGUCUUAUUGUCUCUGUGAUGGAACCUUCUCAAAACCCCAGAAAGCGACUUUGCAGAUUCCAAAACCCAAACCCUAAUUCUCUCCCUAAUGUCCCCAGUUUCGAACAGAGCCACGUCGAUCUGACGAUCUCCUCAUUCCUCUCGUUGCCGGAUUUGCCUUCCUUAUCCUCGCCGCUCUCCCUCAGCUCCUCCUUCGACCGAGCGGUUGAGAAAUUGUUCGAUUCUUCCGGCGGCGAUGACGACUCCGUUCAAGAUCUUCUCACUGCUCGAGCACUCCAACUCUCCUCCCUUCUUCAAGAUUCCACCAAGAGAUUUUUCCGAAAUCGCGCUUCUCUCCACAAUUCCAAUUCUUGGCCACUCUGCCAUGACCUCACCGUUAAGGUCUUUUCGAUGGUUGAUACAAAAUCACUGAUGCAAGUUUCAGCUUGUUGCACAAUGUUCAGAAAAUGUGCCAUGGACUCUUUUUGUUACUCUCACAUUGACUUGACAAGUGUAGAUGUUAGAAGUAGUGUUGUGUGUCGUAUGAUCCUUAAUGCUGGAAAAGAACUCAGAUCCUUAAAAUUUGGUUGCCCGGAUAGAUCUACGAAUUCUUUGCUUUCAGAGGGUUGUCUUGACACACUAACCUAUCAGGGUGGUUUUCUUGGGAAACUCUUGGGAAGCCUACACAUUUACAAUCUCAAAUGGUUGGACGAGGACUCCUUAUAUCGUGCGUUAUUGGUCUGCAUAAAACUAACCGAUUUAAAGAUUGUUGGAUUGGUUCAGUCAUUAGAUAGCGUAUUAAAUCGUCUCACAAGAAAAUGUCAGCAUCUGUUCUUAGAGAAAGAGUUUGGAUAUGAUAAACCGUACCCUAUAUGUGGUUUGUCCUUUGAAAUAAACUGCCCCUAUAUGACUUCACUAUCACUUAUAGGUUUUGACCUAAGUGAUAGAAACGCUUACCUUAUUAUUAAGGGUUUGCGUAAGCUUAAGUACCUGAACCUAUCCAGAACAAAGAUAAUCACAGGACGCUUUUUGAGGGAUGUAUGCCAUGAUGACUGCAUAGACUCUCUGCUCGAGACUCUGAUAUUGCGAGAUUGCGAUUCUCUAGAGGAGAGAGAUGUUUGCCUGUUUUUGAAUUCGUUACUCACAGGAAACUUCAGAUUCAUUCGACACAUUGACGUUUCAAAUGAAGCCGGAUUGAUUUAUGGCAACAAGACAUGUAGCAAACCAGUGUUUCCUCUGGAAAAGCUGAAUGAAGAAAGACCAGGGAUCACUUUUGUGGCAGAAUUUAGAACACCAGCAUCAUCAUCAUCAUCGUCAUCAUCACCAUCGCCAUCGCCAUCUUCAAGCUCAGGAUAUUCUUCCUCUAGCAGUGGAACUGACGACGAUGAAGACUGAAGUGAGACAAUAUUUUUAGGCAGUAAUAUUUUUUUUUGUAAAAGAGUAGUAUUAAAACUUUAGUUGUGUGUUUAAAUCCACUGAGACGACGAUCUUCAGAGAUGCAAAUUCAGUUA